GUUUUUCCCAGGUGAAUUUAAGCGAGCUGUUGACUAGCCGGACCGGCAGCCGGGAGUUGGAGUUGUUUGGUGGCGGCGUCUGCGUUGCUUCGUCAGGUCAUCGGCAGCAACAUUGCAAUUGGUUUUUGUGUCACUAGCACUUUUCUUUCUACAAUGGAAUUUCCAGACUUGGGAAAGCAUUGUUCUGAAAAAACGUGCAAGCAGCUGGAUUUUCUUCCAUUAAACUGUGAUGCAUGUGACCAAGUCUUCUGUAAAGAUCACAUUCACUAUGAGAGCCAUAAAUGUAAUGCCGCAUAUAAAAAGGAUGUGCAGGUCCCAGUGUGUCCACUUUGUCAUGUCCCUGUUCCAGUAGGAAAGGGACAAAUUGCAGAUGUUGUGGUUGGACAACAUAUGGAUAAAGACUGUAAAUAUAAUCCGGCUUCUGAGAAGAAGAUUUUCAUACACCGAUGUUCAAAGGAGGGAUGCAAGAAGAAAGAAAUGCUGCAGCUGCGUUGUGACCAGUGUAAUGACAACUUCUGUAUUAAGCACAGACAUCCUUUGGAUCAUAACUGCAAACAUAGUGGUCAUCCCAUCUCCAAAGCAGGGUAUGCAGCUAUAAUGAGAGCUGCUGAAUCAUCUGGAGCUUCAAACAAAUUAUCUUCCACUUGGCUAGCUUGGCCAUAUUAAGAGGGAAACAAAAGAGUUGAUGAUUGUUUGACAUUCCUGGUCUCUAACCUGGCAACGAACAAUUCUGUGCAUUUUUAUAUAAUUUUAAAGUAUUAUGGGCUUUUCCACAAAACCUUUUGUUAACUUUAAUCUGAAAACAUUUUCUUACAUUUCUCAGGGAUAAUUGUAAAGCUUUUCAUUAAAAUUUUGUUGUAAAACUUUGUACAUUUAUAUAUACUUUAUACAUUUUAAUUGUAACUUUAAUUUACAACUUGAAUUAUAACUUGGUCUCAGGGUAAAUUUUGAUUAUAACUUAAAUUUAAAGUUGCAUUAGGAUUGCCAUAAAUAACUAAUUGUUUCUGGUGCCUUUAUGUCUCUGAAGUCUGUUCUUGAACUGAGGUACUAAGAACUCUUAAACACCUACAUGUUUUUGAAUAAAUUGGCCAGAUUUUGGUGGGUUAUUGUUCCUCCUCACCGAGGAAAGAUUUGUUCAUUAACACACGUAGAAAGUGUAUCUUUCUGCCUUUAUUUUUCUAAAACUUGACCUAAUGCUUUUUUUUCUUUAAUUUAGCAAUGACAUUUUUGACGAACUAUUUGGACAUGGGUUCAUUCCUUAAGAAAAAUAAACCAAAAAUAUUUAA